AUGCGGUCGACUCGGAACCUUCAAACAUACACCUGGGUCGUCGUCGUGGCGGAUGAACAGCAAGGCAGCGACGGGCGCUUGGAGUCUCGUGCCUGGAGUCCGGACACCGCCAGCGACUCGCAUUGCAAAUUUGAUCGGAAAAUCAGCCUCCUUCUCAUUGUCACCACCUCGGUACCCGGCUGCCUGAGUCCUGGCCAUCAUCCCCCACCUGGUGCACAUCCUUUGGGGCCGACGCGACGACAUCCAUCCACAACACCGCCGCCUCAACUCUACCUCUCUGUCUCUGGUAACUGGUCUCAUUCGUUCUGUCGGCGAUUUGUGGCGCCUCGUCCAAUCUCCACAUGGAUCGACACGUCGCCAGAAGUUCCCUAUCGUUGCCACCGCGUUGCUGAAGACACCUUCAAUGACAUCAUCCGCGACGGGUCACACAGGACUGAGGGUUGUUGGGAUCGGGACGCGAGCGAAGGGCAUCGCAUGUUGGUUUGCUUCGGCGUCGAAUGUUUCAUUUGGCAAGACUACUUUUCGACGCGUGCAACGUCUGACUCCUUAAUGCUCCUCUCCCUCCUGUCCAAACAUCUCACUUAUGCCUCAUGCCUCAUGCUUCGCCAUCGUCCCGAGUCGGUCGGUUUCCAGCGCCGCGCUUAUGUUAGCUCUGCCUUGGCGCUCUCACACCGUACAAUCUCUAGAGAGAAAGUACUGUUUCCGGUUGCGCCAAAGUUCGUUCCAAUAGGCAAGGGACUUCCUGACUUACGUCUCAUUAUCAACGAUCAACCGCCCGCAAUCUCGGUCACUUUCAAACCCCUCAUAUUCCGCCUCUGUCGUUCUUGGGGGUGCUCCAAGACCAAGCUCAACACACGUAGGCGAACAUGUCUGGUUGGAGAACUCGGAGCCCUCCUCGCUUUGAGCUCUCCCGGAACGCUUGCCUGCGGCGGCCCCAAUCACACGGCAGUCCGCGCUGCGCGAUGUUGCGCGCGUUCCCGCAAGACUGCUGUGGCUCCAUUAGUAGACCGCUUAGGCAGUCUACAUUGGAAUUGGUGCUUGCUAACACCGCUGUUGUUCCGACGGCGCACGCCCACUAGUGGGGCAUUGAAGCCUGGCCUCCUGGACAUGGUCACAGACAUUGUGGCCGUCUCCUCAAGGGCAGCACUGCUGGAGCAAGUUGUCGCAUCUCAAUGUCGAGAUCGCCAGACCGCUCCAGGGACGUGUCAAGGGACUCUUCUGCAUUCGUGCGGGGGCACUGUAUCGUAUAGUCGGUACUGUACGGUUCAGCGUAACUGGCAUGUAGACUGCAUGUCGAUAGCCGCAUUGAAUAUACUGGAUUAUGUCAUAAGAUGCGGCAAGAGCUCCUCAAAUAAUGAACUUACUGCUGGGGAGAAUGGUGAACUCGCCCGUCUGCGUACUAUCCCCGACAGCAUCAUCCAGAGUGAGAGUAGCGAGGCUUCCUAA